AUGGCCGUUAACUAUGCAAGUGGUUUAUCGGACUACGACAACAAAGGGGUGUGCGGCCUACCUGAAGUGUACGACGAGGAGGAAGUGCUGCGUGAGAAGGUGCGCCAAUUGGCAGAGCUUAUCCGUCAGUCGAAGCACUGCGUAGUCUAUUGCGGCGCCGGACUGAGCACCUCUGCGGGAAUUCCCGAUUUUCGUGGACCCGAUGGCGUGUGGACGUGUGAAAAGAAAGGCCUCCCAGUGCCAACUUCGCGAAUCCUGUCAUUUGACGAGUGCAAACCUACCUUUAGUCACAUGGCAAUUCGAUCUCUAAUGGCCAGUGGCCAUGUCUCCUAUGUCGUGUCACAAAAUAUCGACGGUCUCUUCUUGAAGGCCAACUUUCCUCGGUCAUCAAUCUCUGAACUGCAUGGCAACUACUACCUUGACGAAUGCUCACACUGUAGGCGUCGAUUUAUUCGCAACCGACCCAGUCCGACGAUGUGCCUCAAGCCAACCGGCGACGCCUGUCCACGAAUUUCCAACACCCGAGGGUGCAAAGGCCACCUGACUGACACCAUUCUCGACUGGGAGCAGGACCUGCCGGAGAAGGAACUCAACUUAGCAAUCUCAAACUCUAAACUGGCCGAUUUGUCCAUUUGCCUCGGCACCACACUGCAAAUCAACCCUGCCGGCAGACUUCCGCUGUACGCAGUUAGAAAGGGCGCAAAGAAGCGAAAGCCUGCGAAGCGAAAGCACGAUCAGAUGGUCAAUGGUUCGACUGGCGGUGAAGAGGAAGCGCCGACUAAACCAGGCAAUCUAGUUAUUGUCAACCUGCAGAAGACGAAACACGACAAGGCAGCCAGCCUGAUCAUCAAUGAGAAGAUUGACACGGUAAUGGAGUUGCUGUGUGCAGAGCUGGCCAUCCAAGUGACGGACUACGAUGCACUGGAAGAUCCGACGAAGAAGGACGAUCUGGUGGAAUGGGUGUAA